AUGCCACCACCGCACUCUAUCCUCCAAACCUUUCGUCUCAUCUCACAGCGCAAACCCUCCGCCCACCGUCUCUUCUCAACUCCUCCUCCUCCCCCUCCCCCUUCCGCAAAAGAUGUCCGGUCGCGUCUACACAGAUUAAAUGAUCGUCUUCCAGCCUCGGUCCGUCCCUACACUACACCUCUUCUUGGAGCUCCCGCAACGCACAUCACAUCCUUCCUCAUCCUGCACGAGAUCACCGCCGUGAUCAGUCUAUUUGGAUUGGUGGCUGCCUUUCAUUAUAACAAUGGAUUGCUCCCGGAUAUGUCCUCUAAUCAAUUGUUCGAGGAGCAGACGCAGAAGUUCGGACGUUGGCUGCGGAAGAAAGGCUGGGUGGAGGAGGUGGAUGUGGAUACUGUAGCUGAGGAGUAUGGAGGGGACGGUGCACACCACCAUGGCGAGGCGGAACGGUCAGCGUUGUCAGUCCAAGGGGAACGAGAGGGAGUGAAGUUGAUCUUGGAGUUUGCAACGGCUUAUCUCAUUACGAAGGCUCUAAUGCCGGUCCGCAUCGUGGUGAGUGUUUGGGCUACCCCGUGGUUUUCUAGAGUUGUGCUUGCGCCAUUGGGAAGAGGUGCUAGAGGGCUGUUUGGGAAGAAAUGA